GCUUUGCCGACCAACACUACCAAGAAUCUGCGUAUGUAUUGCAUAUGCACAUAAAUAUAAAGGACAGUACGUAUGUAUAUAUAUAAGUUCGAAGCAACGCGGAUUCUUGGGUGUGUGAUUUUCGGCCGCCAUGUUGGUUUAGCCCAAUGACUGACGUCAGCGGCCGCUUAGCGGUGUGCAAUCGCACGAACAACAAAGACGGAUAGACAGAGACGGAGGUAGGUCCGAGGUUGAGUGCGCAAGCCUGAGGAGGAAGGAGAGGCGUGCGCGACCCGUGGCGGUGCACAGCGGUGCACAACGGUGCAGUCGUCGACGGAUGUAAGGGGACGUUGUGUGUGGGCUCGACUCGACUCGGCUCGUCUCGUCUCGUCUCGGCUCCGAUUCUCUCCUCUCGCAUCCGUUAUGACGAUAUAGUGAUCCAGUCGUGCUAGGCGCUCUCUGCGUCUCGGGCUCGGUCGUCGUCGUCGUCGUCUCCGGCGCAUAAAGAGAGAGAGAAAGAGGAACAGAGAGAGAGAGAGUACGCGUUGUAUCGAACUUGGCGCACCCUUCGUGCACCGAAAAAAAAGCCGAGAAAGGAAAACGAAACGCGAGAUGGAGGCGCGACGCCGCACGGUUUGACGGUUCCCGAACGGAGUCCGGACCACUUCCUAGGUGUGUUCGCGCGCGCCAUGUGCCGUGCCGUCACCAUUCCGCGUGUGUCUCCUCCCUGCGGAUCGUAGUUCGAGAAGAGUGUCGCGACAGAGUCGGUCGGGUCUAUCCUUAGCCGAGUGCUUCGCCUCGGCGAGUGUUGAGUUGUUGGUGCGCGAGUGAAAUUCGACUCUCUUGUAUUUUUCUUCGGCUCGCUAGCCGAGAAGAGAGAGCGAGAGAGAGAGGAAGAGGCAAGGAACGACAGAUUCCGCUCGUCCAAUAUCGGCGAGCCUCAAGAAGCGAAAGAGAUAACGCGAGGGAGUGCGAGUGGCGUAUAUCAAGAUGGCGCAUAAUUUGGCACCGAGCGUCAACUGCUCGCUCGACGACAUUGACCUGAACGCUCUGAAGGAGCCUGCUGGAAUCUUCGAGCUAAUAGAAGUGGUCGGCAAUGGGACAUACGGCCAAGUUUACAAAGGUCGACACACCAAGACCGGUCAGCUGGCGGCUAUCAAGGUCAUGGACGUCACAGAGGACGAAGAGGAGGAAAUUAAAUUAGAAAUAAAUGUACUCAAGCGGUAUUCAAAUCAUAGAAAUAUAGCUACGUAUUAUGGUGCCUUCGUAAAGAAGUCAUCACCCGGCAAGGACGAUCAAUUAUGGCUGGUUAUGGAAUAUUGCGGAGCUGGCUCCGUGACGGAUCUUGUCAAAUCAACUAAGGGUCAGAGCUUGAAGGAAGAAUGGAUAGCCUAUAUCUCGCGAGAAAUAUUGAGAGGACUUAGUUAUCUUCAUAGCAAUAAAGUCAUCCACAGGGACAUUAAGGGGCAAAAUGUUUUGUUGACUGACAACGCGGAAGUUAAACUUGUUGAUUUUGGCGUUAGCGCACAAUUGGACAGAACGAUAGGUAGAAGAAACACAUUUAUUGGUACGCCUUACUGGAUGGCACCAGAAGUUAUUGCUUGCGACGAAAAUCCAGACGCCACUUAUGACAAUAGAAGCGACCUUUGGUCACUUGGAAUUACCGCUUUAGAAAUGGCUGAAUCACAACCUCCGCUAUGCGAUCUGCAUCCUAUGAGAGCCUUAUUUUUGAUUCCUCGUAAUCCACCGCCGCGACUCAAGUCAAAGAAGUGGGCCAAAAAAUUUCACGGAUUUAUUGAAACAGUGCUAGUUAAGGAUUACCAUCAAAGACCUUAUACGGAACAGCUUCUCAAACAUCCAUUUAUACGGGACCAACCUACGGAAAGACAAGUCAGAAUACAGCUUAAAGAUCACAUUGAUCGCUGUAAAAAACGCAAACAGGAGAAAGAAAGAGACGACUAUCGAUAUAGCGGUAGUGAAAACGAAGAAGAUGAGCCGGCAUUGGCGGGCGAACCAUCGUCUAUAGUUCAAGCACCUGGAGGUGACACUUUGCGCCGUAAUUUCCAACAAAUUCAGGAAGGCAGAACUUUGACGCAGGAUGUGCCUCCUCAAGCACCCGCCGCUAAAGAAAAACCAGGAAGCAGAUCUCAGAGAGAGAUGCCAGAACCUGGACCGCCCGCAAGACCCGCUAUACCGCACAGACUUAUAGUGGUACCAGAUCCACAACCUCCGUCUCGUCCAUUACCUCCGACACCCAGGGACGAUCCUCGGCAGCCGCACAAAGUAUCUACACCGCCUUCUAAUCAUCAGACACCUGCUGGAGGAGGUAGCGGAGGAUCUGGAGGACAGCCCGCGCCUCAAAGGAACAGUGUCUUUAAACCUAUGCUGCCACCGAAGAAACCAGAGGACAUGGAGAUACUGGCUGCUCAACUCAUCGAGCUUGGUGUGUCACAGGGCCCCGAGGCCCCGCCAAGGCCGAACAGGCAACAUAAGGGCCCUGCAGUUUCGUCUACGUCGAAUUCAGUGCAACCUGCAAGUGGUAACGAUCAGAACAACAAACAGAUGCCGCAAUCUUCCAGUAUUCUUGAUCAAGCCCUGUCGAUCGAGAGUGACAGUGAUGACGAUGAAGAUGCUGGAGGAAACAACUUGAGAAAUGAUGGUACAUUAUUGGCUAGCGAUCCACCUAAGCCGCUUCCUGAAUUUUCUCCUUUCAGACCGUCGUCCGAUUCGUCGUCGUCGUCUUCGCACAAUGCCCAAAACUCCCAUCACGAAGAUAAGCCGAAAGGAGGAGCACCGAAUCGUCCGCUCCCGCCAACCCCCGAUGAAGAAGAAUCGGGCGAUCGUACGCUAGUCAUGAAACGAAAACUUAGUCAGAUGUCAGACGAUCGUGCAACGGCUAGCGGCAAUCGGCGUUCAGAGAUAGACGAACAGCUCCUCCUGAAGGAGUGGGAUUUCACCCGCUUCUUUCAGGGUUUUAACGACAAGUUGGAUAAAAUGAAACAGGAGCAUCAUCAAGAAGCGGCCGGUCAAGCGAGCAAGAAAUCCUCCGGAUCCAAUGAGGAACGUUCCUCUUCGUCUAGUGAAAGGACGCUCAAGAGACAAGAGCAGUUGGCCCGAAGAAAACACGAGCAACAUCACCAAAAGCAACAACAUCAAUUGAAACCGGUUCACAGGCGACAAGAGAGCGACUCGAAACUGGGCAACGCGUCGAACGCCUUCACUCGCGCAUUUCGCCGCGAGAACUCGGAUUUUUUCCCAUCCGCGAGACACUCGGCGUACUUGCAGAAGUCGGACUCGUCGCAGAGAUCGAGUAUAUUCGCCAGCGGUAAUCGGCGCGGAAGUGAGAUGAGCGUCGCCGGUAUUAUCGGUAAGAAGAGCAGCGGCGGGGGCCUUAACUCUGGAGAGCCGAUCCUAACAGAUUUCUCGUUGAACCGCGAGGGGCCCCAGAGGCCCAGGAGAGAAAAGACCGAGAGCGAGAUCGUCUUCGGUAAUAGACACGAGGCGAGAAGGUUCGAUUUCGGACGCGAUAAAGACGAGAACGCAAGAAGACGCAGUUGUAGACCCUUGGAUGCUACGGCCUCUGCCGUAGUCGACGAGGGAACGAUUAAGUCCACGGCCAGUACGACGGCCAGCGAGUACAGCCCCAUUGUCACCCAGAAUCGCGAGGGUGAUCGUUCAAGAGGCGGUGGUGAUUUCCAGAGAUCAGAUUCGUCCCCAGGCUCGCGGCCCAGUUCGGUCUUACCGGAUCUCUUGACUUCUUCACCAGGUCAACGACAGGACAAGUCGACUAGCGAGGAGUAUCGACAAGCGGUGAAAUCACCACCUCCGUUUGCGCUUCAACAGAAACAGAGGUCUUUCCUGACUUUCGGAUUCGGGGCCGGUCCAGCGAGAAGAGAGUCCCACGUAAACGUUAACGUCACUCCCACCAGCCAUGAUUUAGCCUCGGAUACACCCGAGAUACGCAAAUACAAGAAGCGUUUUAACAGCGAGAUUCUUUGCGCCGCGUUAUGGGGAGUGAAUCUAUUGAUCGGCACCGAAAACGGCCUGAUGUUAUUGGACAGAAGCGGGCAGGGUAAGGUUUAUCAAUUGAUCAGCAGGAGACGUUUCCAACAGAUGGAGGUUCUCGAAGGUCAAAAUAUUCUCGUCACAAUCAGUGGUAAGAAGAACAGAGUACGCGUCUACUAUCUAUCUUGGUUGAAGAGUAAGAUUCUGCGGACGGACGGUCACAGCGACCAAGUCGAGCGACGUAACGGUUGGAUUAACGUGGGCGAUCUGCAGGGCGCCGUGCAUUUUAAAAUAGUGAAAUACGAGAGGAUAAAGUUCCUCGUGAUCGCGCUGAAAGAUUCCAUAGAGAUUUACGCCUGGGCGCCAAAGCCGUAUCACAAAUUCAUGGCUUUCAAAUCUUUCGGCGAACUUGCGCAUAGACCGCUAUUGGUUGACCUUACGGUCGAGGAGGGUACAAGGUUAAAGGUUAUUUACGGUAGCGCCGACGGCUUCCACGCAGUUGAUUUGGAUUCCGCCACGGUUUACGACAUUUAUUUACCGAAACACACCCAAGGCCCUAUUUGUCCUCACUGUAUAGUAGCGUUGCCUAAUAGUAAUGGCAUGCAACUGCUACUUUGCUACGAUAAUGAAGGUGUAUACGUAAAUACUUACGGCAGAGUAUCCAAAACGAUGGUUCUUCAAUGGGGCGAGAUGCCUACGAGCGUCGCAUAUAUUGGCACGGGGCAGAUUAUGGGUUGGGGUAACAAGGCGAUUGAAAUCAGAAGUGUGGAGAGCGGUCACCUCGAUGGAGUUUUCAUGCACAAGAAGGCUCAACGGCUCAAGUUCCUCUGUGAACGUAAUGAUAAGGUGUUCUUCUCAUCGGCAAAAGGCGGUAGUUCGUGCCAGAUUUAUUUCAUGACAUUAAACAAACCGGGCAUGGCCAACUGGUGAUUCCGAAUGAGGCCGAAUUUGGCCCCAAAAUUAUCUUCGCGAUUACCAAUGCCUCCUCCGCGUGUAUCGGGAUAUACAGCCUCGGCUCGUACACUCGCCCGCCCUUCACUGCCAGGACUCAGCGCCUUGGAGAAUAGGAGGUGCAUGCAUCGUAUCCAGCAUCCUUAUCAACAACAGCAUCAGCAGCGUCAUCAACGUCAUCGUCAAUAUUAUUCUUAUUAUUAUCCGCGUAAUCUUUCAACGUCGUACAAUUACAAUUAUGAAUACGAAGAGGACGAAGAGUGCGACGAUAGGUUUCAACGAUACUGUCGGCCCUUGCGAAGCGCGCCGGGGACGUUAACAUUUGUGAAUCUUCUCGUCAAGAGAUUUCUGUGUAUUCUCACUUGCACGCCCUGCGGAUUGCGCGGCGCGGCCUAACACAGUGCUGAAACACGGAGCAAAUUUUUUCAAGAGCGCGCACGAUCAAGUAUUGCACGCUGGUAAAUCGUAUCGAAGGUAUUCUCUAUGUAUUUUUCCCUCUCUUUCUAAAAAAAAAGAUACAAAUUUAUCGCUCUAAUUACACUACGAUAAGUCUGUAUUUGUUUUGCGUUGGCAUGUAUAUGUAAACUUGAAUUCUCGCAAAACCUUAAUGUUAAAAACAUAAAAACAACGGAACAAAGUGUAUUUUAAUGUGUCUGAUGAAUAGAUCUAAUGAUUAAGAGUGUUUUAUACGAAGAAUGAUUUAGAGAAUAACGUAAUAAAACAUAAACUUCAUUUGUGUUCUGAUCUUUCUAAAAUCGCGAGUAGAUAGACGUAAGUACAGCGCUGACGAAUUACCAGUGACGCAGCGAUCAUAUAUCUGGCUGAUUGUUGUACUAUGUGCAACAUAAGGAAACUCGUGCAAUAUCGCUGGAUCGGUCUGUACAAAAUAAAGAGUGACUCUAUUUCUAAGAGAUUGUUCUUGCUCGAUAAUCGCGCGGCAAGGAAAUAUUCCGAUAAUUGAAUUGCGAGUGUCGUAUAAAGAAUCGGAAAUCUCGAAGAAUAUAAAAGAAAAGAAGAAGCUCGUAUAGUGUUUGCAAUCGUGAUUAUUUUCUUUGUCAGAGUUUGUCAAUUUUUCAAUUCUGGUGUGUGGUCUUAACAAAAAAAAAAGUGUAACGUCGUUUUAAUAGAAACAAACGCGUUACGACAGACUGACGCCAUAAAUAAACGGGAACGACGUCGUUUUUAUAUACGACGCGAUAUCAUGAAAUAAAAUUAGAAUUAAGUGAGAGUAAUUACUAACGUUAAUUAAUUGUAUAGUUAUAGCAGCUGAGGAUUCUUUUCGCGGACUUGUGACGAUGACGCGAUACGAGAUAACGUGGAUAGGAUAACCUUGGAUGGAUGAAAAUCGCAUUUUUACAAAGUAGUAGAUUAAUUAUACAGUAGGGAUUUCGCGACGCGCGACGUUGAAACGAUGUUAUAUAGCUAAGUUUUCCUCUUGUUUUUUUCCAUGUUAUUUUCACGUUCGAAUAAUCUUUCUUGUUAUGUUCAAUACGUGUCUCUGUACUACGAGAAACCACAUUCGCACAACAAUCUUUCGUCGUGACGUCGUCGACGAACAACGUAGACGAUAUAGUCUUCAGCUUUUGUAAGAAAUUUGUAACUUAACGAGAGGAGACGCGCAUUAAAAAGAGAGCAUCCCGCUCGUUCCUUGAUCGCGGAUCGCUAAUAUUCCGCUUCCGAAAGCGGUUAUUACACGAUCUGAUCUCAUAAUCUCAAAGAUACUCUCUCCUGGUUGAAAGGGAAUCCUUCAUAAUUUUAUCGUACGCGGUUUUAUUGAUGUCGGAUUAUUCUCAGCCGAUUUAAGAGAGCUUACAGUGUUAAUAAUGAGGUGAUAAAGGAAGAAAUUUCAAGUUACGCUCGUUCUUCGUUCACGUUGUUUACGAUAUUGGAGUUAUUGAACGUACGUAAUUAGUAUACGUAAUUACUUGCAGGGAUUUCAUCGAUAAAAGUUACUUUAUGGAGACCUAACGAUUGGGGAAACAUAUUUUUAGCAUUACAGGUAUAAUUACGCAUUACCAACGUGACACGAAAGAGCAAGUACAGGCAGGAAUUAUGAAAAUUAAUUAAGUAAGAAUCGGUUAUCGGCUAACGAAAACUUGAUUGUGAUCGUGUUAAUUAUGCGACUGUGAAAAUUGGACUGUGCUUGGAAUUCGAAGAUAAGACAAAUGUAGUGAAUAUCGCGGUGAGCAAAAUCUUGAAAAAAAAAUAUCUAUCUCCCUUUUCGUCCAGGCUUGCGGUCAGGCUGACAUAUCUUUUUUGCUCGUCACGCGUUUUAAAACGAACGAUUAAAGUGACCGAUCUUUAUCGACGAUUUAAAAAAAAUGUACUUUUAAUAUUAAGACAUUAUGUAAUACGACACGUAUUUAUUUACGAUACGAUUAGGUAAAUGCGAUAGCGAUGAUCGAUAAAAAAAAAUCAAGUUUCGCGAGAGAUUGUACGUUCAUUUAUUUAUUUGUGUACAAAUAAAUAAAUAUAUGACGUGUCUCGUGCAGGCGACACAUUUUACUCGAAUCGAUAGCGAUUUUUCACGGCGGUAUCGCGUAGCAAUCGUGAAAUUGCAUAUGUUGUAAACGUCGUUGUAAGCUGUCGACGUUAUCAGUUGGUAACGUAUACAAUAGAUAUUAUACGCGCUCGCGGCGAAACAUUUUUUAUACCAUUCACACGAGAAGGCACAGAAAGGGGCGGAAAGCUCCGGCAUAGUGCAACGAAAGACUGCUUUUUAAACGGAGGAAGCUUUUUAUCGCGCGAGAACAGAGAACGAGUGGGAUAAACCGAACAAAAGAAGGGGAGAGAUUGCAAAGAGAGAACGAAAGUGCGAGAGCGAAUGAGAGAGAGAGAAUGAAUUUUUGGCAAGAACAAAAAUAUACUGCACUUUCGAGCGGUUAUUUACGAUUGGUAGAAAUGUGGAUAAUAUAUAAUAAUAUUAUUAAUUACCUUAACUAGCGCGAACUAAUUUUAUACGAGGGACUUCCCUUUUCUUUGUAUCCUUGGAUCGAUUUUGACCCUACUCCCUCCUUUUCUAAUCUUUCUACGGCGUUCGAUUUCCUCCCCUUGAUUGACCCUUGAUUCUCUUUACAUAUUGUCUCCCAAAGAUGGUAGUGAUGAUUUUUUUUUUUUUUACAGUAUAUAGGUAAUAAUUAUAAUUACGGCAAUUUGUAUCGAUUGUAUUAUUACUAUUAUUCCUAUUCUUACGAACGUCACGAUCGUUAGACGCGAUGUAUACUAUGAUUACGACGAUUAUUAUUUUUAUUAUUACUAUUCACACACACAUACACACGUACAUACACAUACACACUAUUGCUAAAGUCAAAUAUACGGACAUUCGUAAUUUCA